AUGUCGUUCUACACACAUGAGCAAGCUAUGCGAUCGUCAGGUGACGCCAUGUCGCUCCAGGGUUCCUCCGAUGCAUCCAAAGCACAUGACGCCGACUCGCUUAAUGCAAUGCAUGAAGAUCACUCCAACAUUCAUCCUGCAAAGCGACUUGGCUCUCUUAUCCAGCAGUAUUCGAGGAAUCCGUCGCAAUUCCAACGCCAGUUUUGGCGGCAUCAAAUGAACCUUGUCGAAAACGGCUUCGAUUCCGACGGUAAGGCCAUCGACUUUUUCAAUCUUGGCUCAGCACCUAGCGGAAACAGCAGUGCGUUGCCUCUUGCCCGCAUCAAAAAAGUCAUGAAGAACGACGACGAGGUUAAGAUGAUCUCGGCAGAAGCACCUAUCUUAUUCUCAAGAGCAUGUGAAAUCUUCAUUGCCGACCUUACUUGCCGUGCUUUCAUGGUCGCCGAGGAGAACAAGCGUCGUACCAUCCAGCGUUCUGACAUUGCGAAUGCGAUUGCUCGCUCCGACCUGUUCGACUUUCUUAUUGAUAUUGUGCCCCGUUCUGAAAUGAUGCGCCAUCGUGGCUCCAGUGUUCCCAUCCGGAAUACUAUGCCCACACCCUCGCUACCAUCGCCAUUCCCAAGUGCGGACGUUGUACCACGUCUCAAUAUGGGCGAAGCACCAGGACAGCCGACAAACUUCCUCCCUUUGCGUCCUUCACAGCCUGAUGUGCGGGCGCGCAUUGAUCCUAUGGAAGCAUCUCUUGGUCUUGGAUCCGCCCAGCCACUCAAAGGCUUGUCGAAGGCUCCCAUGCCCAAUGAAUGGUACCCUUUCCCUACGGCGCCUAUGGGUGAUGCACGCAUGCAUCCCGGUGCAAGCUUAAGUUUAUCCUCAGCAGCACCGACCGCCCCGCCAAGUGCUCGUCCUAUGAUGGGCCGCGGUGGUGUUGAUGCGACUGCACCUUUCAUGGAUGCUAACGCAUCCCUUCCGAUGCCGCCGCCUCAUCCGCGUGGCUCAUUAUUAAACAUGAUGCCAUACUCUAUAGAUGAGGCUGCAUCAAAGGCACAUGGCAACUCUAACGAGUAG